GCGCUGAUUCAUAGGGGCUGCGGCAUGGCAACACAAGCGACAUUACGAUGGUCCAGAAGUAGUCCAUGUUCAAGAAGUUGGUGGCCCGAGAUGUCAGCUUCACGUCUGGUGACUCCAAGGACCAGGUGUCAUUCAGCCUGAAAGAUGGUCACCUUGAGCUGCGAGUCAACGGCUUUGCGAAAGCCAUCUCAGUGCUGCGCAUCCAGCGCGCGUGCGCUAUGGUCUUGGACCAGGACACUUGGGCGACGACGGUGCCAACGCAGCUCUUCGAUCAGAUCGUGGAGAAAUUGAGACGCUUGGCCAGCGCUGCAAACGUGCCGAUCCUCGACGUCCAUGGUAAAGAGCUGAAGCCUCGCGCGCAGGCGUCCUCCAAGGCCACUGCGCUGCUUCAGCUGAGUCCCGAGCUUCGAGUGUCCUGGCUUGAGAGCCAGUCCUGCGAAGUUUGCGCUGGCUUUGGGGCAGGCUCCCUGGAAGCGGUGGCGCGGUGGGUCAAUGGCCAGGCCAGGCUGGUGCUGGCUGUGGAGGCGUCCCUGGAGAGUCAGCUGCUGGCGGCGCAGCCGUGCGCGGCGGCGCUGCUUCGCGUGCCCCACGGAGGCGCCGAGGCCUUUCUCCUCGCGGCCGUGCUGGCGCAGCUGCAGUGCCCUGUGGUGCUGGUCACAGCAGAAGACUGGGCAGGAUGCGACGAGAUUGCACGGGAGUUGUGCCACGUCCUGGCUGAGCUCGAAGCUGGCGAGGCCGCGCGUUGCUCAACGCAGGCGCAGCGUAUUUGGUCCACUGCUGGUGCUGCAGAGCGUGCUACGACUUUGCUGGAGGAUGCUUUAAGCGCAUACCGUGCCUCCCGCCCCUAUGUGCAUGGCUUGAUUGGUGCCGGGAUUUUGGAAGCCGACGUGCGGGAGGCGUUGGAGGCAUCGGUGGACUUGCUGCAGUCUUCCGAGGUGCAAAGCCUGACCGUGAAGCCAAGACACGAUGGACGCCCACCCAAUCCAAGGGCGCUCCACUGCAUUGGACGUGCCAGCAGAGCACUUGGCAAGCUAGCGGAGGAUCGACUUGGGGAUCUUUGGUUUCAGCCCGAGGCAGACCCAGGACCCGACGCCUUCUGCGUGCUGGACUUGUCUGACUCAGAGAGCCUGGAGUUCCUCCGGCAACGGCAGCAGCAGGAGGUGCCAAGCAUCCAUGUAUUGGCUCUGCUGCCUGCUUCGUCGAUGCAUCGAGCUGCGUGGGACGUGGUGGCCGAGCCGCUGGCCGUGCUGGUCGGCGCGGGCGAGGAGCUGCUGCCGGACGUGGGGCUGGUGGUCGCGGUGUGCCUCGGGGACCCGGCAGGCGAUGCCGGAGACGUUCUCUCCUUGCUCGAGGUGCUGGCCACGGCACCUCUGGCGGCAGUGGCCUUCCAGUUGCAGCCGCGGCCGCAGAGCCACGUGAUGCUGCCAGCCCAGGAUGUCGGCGGGGCAUACCUGCUCCCUUCGGGCCAAGAGGUCUCCAGAGAGGAGGUGGAUGCUGCCUUCUCCUUCUGGCCGCGUUGCAGUGAGCCAAGGCUGCUUUCUGCCGAGAUGCUGCGGCCUGGGCUUCCAGCGAGUCUGGCAUGCGCAGGCGCCGCCUACGUGCCCUCCGCGCGCACCAAGCCUCGCGUGCCGAGCCGAUGGACUGAGAGUGAUGCAGCAAGUUGAGCCAGGUGUGGCACUUGCUCCUGCAUGUGCACGAAGAGGCCAAGCUCUUCCGCCGCGCGGCAGGGGACUUCCCCGGCCGCGCCAGUGCCGCGUUCCGCUGGCGAGGCGGCGCAGGCCCGAAGUGCGACCUGUGGUCUCUGGCUACGGCUCUGGAAGGCGAGACCUCCGAGGACAGAUCGGAGCAGGACGAGCAAAAGGACGACCAUGCAGCCUACAGCGAGGAAGAGUAUGAGGACGAAUCCGACGACUCUCAAUCCUCGCAGAGUGCUGAUGGAGAGGGAAAACGGCUGAACGCUCAUUCGCCAGGCAUGAACGCAGGUUGUCCUUUGAGUUAUUGGGUGAGGAAGAGAAAGGGUG